AUGGACAUGGGGCAAGCAGGGGAUCUUGAUGGGACCUGGACAGACACCCCAGAAGGGACCUACYUUGCCCACCAUGCGGUUCCCCAGCAGUCGCUGACGAUCCUCCAGCAGCUUCCCGGGACCACUGCUGCCCUGGCCCAGCCCACCAGAGCCCAGCGUGUCCAGGGAGAUUUAAUCAAGUUGAUGAUGAUUCAAAACUCCCAAAUGCACCAGGUGGUGAUGAACAGUCUGGCCGUGUCAGCACUGAUGUCCUUUGGGUUGGGGCCAUUUCCAUCGUCUGCCCAGAUGACCACGAUGCCCUGGAACACUGAUGGGGAAGAGGAAGCAGUGGUGUUCCACCAUCACUAUGUCCCCCGCCUCGGUCCCGGUGCCCUCAUGGCCUGGCCAGUCCUGGCACCAGCACAGGCUCCGAGGCCAGCUGCUGUACGCUACCUGGGCCCAGUUUCAGCAGUCAAGGAUGGGGAGGUUGCGGUGCCUCCCCCGCCACCCCCCAGCGCUACAGGGACUGUGGGAGCCAAUGUCCCGCCAGCCUCGGAGUACUAUGACUUGGAGGAGGGCAGGCUGUGAGCUCUGUGCCUGCAGAGAGGGUUUCUCUUGCGUGUCCCAGCGCCUGGCCCCAGAAGAUGCUGCCAGAGCAAMGGCAGCUGCUGCAGGCACUGCCCCAUCACACCCACGGAAAGAGGUGCGAGUACCUACCAAAAUGCACCAGCCUCAGCUGUCUGGAGCCUCCUGCUGAACCUGGGUGACUGCAUGAGCCUGGGAUGGGACAGGCAUUGACUCCAUGUCCAGCGUCUCUGCUGCAGCUCUGCAGUGGGGAACAGUCAGCCCAUCCCCAGCAGGACAGCAGUGACAUUCCGGUCCCACCUGAACAGGUCCUGCAGCCAGGCCAGGAGGACUCUGCAUAACAGGCUCACUGUGGGCUGUGCUGUGACCCCUUGGGAGAUWUGGACACCAACUCAGGUGGCCUUGGUCUGCAUUAGUUCCUUGGGAGCUUAAUGCAGCACAUUAACUGCAAUCCAUUUGCUUUGUGAAGGAAGCUCCAUGC